GCAGGGCGCGGCUGCGAUUGGCUGCCGCCGUGCUGCGGGCUCCAUUUUGUGCAUCGGCUUUAUUUCUCCUGCGUCAGUCAGACGGACGGAGCGGCCGAGGAGAUACAAUGAGCUCCCGCGUGUUUAUUGGUAGACUCAGCCCGCAUGCCAGAGAGAGAGAUGUGGAGAAAUUCUUCAAAGGAUAUGGACGCAUAAAAGAAAUUGAUUUGAAAAAUGGGUUUGGAUUUGUGGAAUUUGACGAUCACAGAGAUGCAGAUGAUGCUGUUUACGAAUUGGAUGGCAAAGAACUGUGCAGUGAAAGAGUUACAGUUGAACAUGCAAGAGCACGUCCUAGAGGGGGACGUGGAGGAGGACGAUAUCAGGGUCGCUUUAGCCCACGGCGUCCACGUAGUGAGUCAAGGAAUGGACCUCCAGUUCGCACCGAGAACAGACUGAUAGUUGAGAAUCUGUCUUCAAGGGUUAGUUGGCAGGAUCUGAAAGAUUUCAUGAGGCAGGCUGGAGAGGUUACCUUUGCGGAUGCGCACAGGCACAAAAUGAAUGAGGGGGUGGUUGAGUUUGCCUCGUACAGCGACUUGAAGAAUGCAGUUGAAAAAUUAUCUGGCACAGAAAUAAAUGGAAGAAAGAUCAGACUGAUUGAGGAACCGAAAAAUCACAGAUCUCGCAGCAGGUCCCGUUCACAUAGCCGUUCAUAUUCCAGGUCUCGAAGUCGCUCUCGCUCCAGGAGCCGAAAAUCCUACAGUAGGUCAAAGAGUAGAAGCCGCAGUAAAUCCCGAUCUCGCAGCAGGUCCCGUGUCCCAGUCAGGGAACAAAAAGCGAAUUCUCCUUCACCAACCAAAUCUCCCGCCUCGUUGGAGCGGCCGAGGUCGAGGUCUCGCUCUCGUUCGCGCUCUCGUUCUCGGUCAAUGUCAAGGUCACCUUCUGGUGCAAGUGUGGAUUAAGUUACACGUUUUGGAUAUGUUAUAACAAAAGUGGACUUUUACCAAGUAAAUGAAAGUUGUAGAAAGUAGUUAAUGUAAAAUUAAAUACAAAACUUAAUUUGUUUUCUUUGGACCAGAGUGUUUGCAAUUCUUGGAAGUAUAUUUGAAUUGUAUUGUUUAUAUUUGCAGUCCUUUUUAAAAAAAAAAAAAGUUGUAUGCCCAAGAUGCCAAUUUAUUCCACCGAAACAUGCAAUUAAUAACUUUAAAGAUGCCUAAAUUUGUAUUCAACCACACCUUUCCUGGGAUAAAUAUUGUCUUUCAUUAUAUUACGUUUUUCUUUAAAUAAAAGUUGCAAACCUAA